AUGGGAACACCGGCCAGGAAAGGCACCAGCAUGGUGAAGCUCCGCACUCUGAGCAUCCUCCUGAGCCUCCUGGUCCCCGCUCACAGCACCCGGUCACCCGACUGCGGGGGCAUCCUCACCCCAUUAGGACUGAGCUACUUCGCUGAAAUUUCAAAGCCACACGCAGAGACAGUCCUCAGGCAGGACCUAACAGCUCCAGCAGUUCCCAACCUGCUUGUCGGCUCCACGAAGCCCAGCAGGACCGAAAUCGACUCUGUCAAAGUCACUGAGCUGUCUCUGUCGCUCAUCCCCGACUCCGGGCUGCGGCUGAGCGUCGAUGUGGACCUUGGCAUCACACCCGCACCCUCGACCACGAAGGCCAUGAGACUGUCCAUCCGGGCAGACCUCCACGUGGAAAUGAACCCCGAAGGGAACCUGGAGCUGGUGACCUCUGCCUGCAAACCCACCGUGGAGGAGGUGCAGAGCACGGAGGAGAGCAAGUCCUCUAGUUCAGAGCUGGACAAGGAGAUUAACGUCGAUAAGAUUUGCCUGGAAGUCUCCAAACUGCUGCUUUCACCAAAUGAAGAGCUGAUCUCUCUGACAGCUCAGUUCCCCGUCACCCCGAGCUGCCAGCUCCAGUACCUGCCCCUGGCUGCACCCGUGUUCUCUGAGCAGGGAAUCACCAUAUCCCUGCAGACAACUUUCCAGGUGGCGGGAAUGGCGAUCCCGCUGCCAGUCAGUCCCGUGCCAUUCAACAUGCCUGAGCUGGCGAGCUCCAGCCCUGCCCACCUCACCCUGGCUUUCUCUGAGCACUUCUACACCGGCCUCUUCUUCGCCCUGGAGAUGGCUGGAGCCUUCAACAUGACCAUCCUGAGCCCGCUGACCACCGCCACGGUGGCACCCAAGAUCUCCCAGAUGGGCUCCCUGUUCCCGGAGGACCUGCCGGUGGUGCUGCAAGCCGUGUUCCGGAGCUCGUCGCGGGUGGUGCUGGAGGAGGGCAAGGCAGCGCUGAAGCUCUUCCUCACCGUCCACGUUGGGGUGGGAUCGCCGGCAUUCCAGAGCUUCCUGAGCGUGAACGUGGAUAUGUCUGCAGGACUCCUCCUCAGCGUCGCCAACACGAGGAUGAUGAUCUCUGCACCAGUGAUAGAGGAUGUUGAGCUCAGCCUGGCUGCCUCUGACGUGGGUCCCGUGCCGGCUGCCUUACUGGAGGAGCUCUUUUUGCCCACAAUCCGUGCAGAGGUGCCAGCUCAGAUCAAUGUGGUGCUGAGUGAAGGCGUGGUCCUGCCCCACAUCUCCAGCUUCACCUACACCGACAUCAACGUCGUGAUUCACAAGGACUACGUCUUGGUGCCCUGCAACCUGCGGCUCCAGGCGAGGACCGGAGCACAGACCACCCUGGGCUGA